AUGUUCUCUUCGGCCUUGAAAUCCUUCUCUUCAAAUAUCUCGAGCAACUACACGAUAGCGCCGCAACCGUCGUCGACAGCUGGACCAUGGAAGAUAUUCGACGCAAAGAGGAAACAGACUGGCAAGGCGGUAUCUGUAUUUGUGUUCGAUAGGAAAAGUCUCGAGCCACAAAGCGGUGCUGGCUUUGGCGCAAGGAGCAGCGCAAGCUCGCUGAAAAGAGCGCAUGAAGAAGUCGUUGAACAAUUGAAAAAGGAAGCGAGUAGUUUAGCCCGGCUAAGACAUCCUUCAAUUUUGGAGCUCGCAGAACCAGUGGAAGAGACCAGUAAAGGAGGGCUGAUGUUCGUGGCCGAGUCUGUGGUGAGCAGCUUAGCAGGUCUCCUCGAAGAGAAGGAUCAACAGGAACGAUCCGGCGGCCGAGCCAGUCGAUAUGUCGUGGAAGAAUCUGAUGGCACGAGGAGGCGGCGGGAGCUUGAGAUCGAUGAACUGGAGAUACAGAAGGGCCUGCUACAACUGGCAAAGGGCCUCGAAUUCUUGCACGAGAGUGCUGGCUUAGUGCACGCUAAUCUGACCCCGGAAGCAAUACUCGUGAACGCAAAAGGCGACUGGAAGAUAUCAGGCCUUGCGUUCGCGGGACCGCAUGAAAGUAGUACGGCGGCAACAUCUCUACAUCCGAUCAGUCUCCAUGAAGUGCUCAACCACGACCCCAGGUUACCGCGAAGCGUUCAGCUGAACCUUGACUACACAAGUCCCGACUUCGUCCUUGACAAUAGUCUUGCCGCGUCGGCUGACAUGUUCUCGCUGGGUCUGAUCAUCAUAGCGCUCUACAAUAGUCCUCAUACCUCGCCUUUAAGCACUGGUGGAUCGCUGUCGUCAUACAAACGAGUGUUCUCCAGUUCGUCUACAGUACCGACACAGAGCAACAACUUCUUGGUACCCUCCACUCACCCUUUGCCUCCAAAGCUCGCCUCCGAACUACUUCCAAGAUUGAUAACCCGACGGCCUGCGCAACGUCUUUCUGCCAAGGAGUUUCAAGAAGCAAGCUAUUUUGACAAUAUCUUGGUAUCCACCAUCAGAUUCCUGGAGGCGCUUCCUGCCAAAACGCCAAACGAAAAAAUGCAAUUCCUGCGAGGUCUACCGAAGAUCAUGCCGCAAUUUCCGAAGAGCGUGCUUGAGAAGAAGGUGCUCCCUGCUCUCCUAGAAGAGACCAAGGACAAGGAACUGCUUGCGCCAAUCAUGACAAAUGUCUUCGCCAUGGUGAAAGUCAUGCCAACUGGAAAGCGGGCGUUCACAGAGAAAGUCGUGCCCAGGCUUAGAGAAGUGUUCAUCACCAAUAAGCCGGCUGACAAGGAUACAUCCAAAGAAGCUGCUCUGAUGAUUCUGCUCGAGAAUAUGCAAACCGUCACUGAGAACUGUUCUGGGAAGGAGUUUAGGGAUGAUAUACUACCUAUCGUGCUUGUUGCACUUGAAUCAACGACGCAUGCGCUAGUCGACGCCGGACUUAGCACACUUCCAUUCCUCCUACCGUCUCUGGACUUCAGCACGAUCAAGAACGAGCUCUUCCCCGUCAUCGCCCAAGUGUUUGCGAAAACGAGCAGCUUGGCUAUCAAGAUACGUGGUCUCGAAGCAUUUUGCACGCUCUGUGGUGGUAAUAGCAAUGGAAGCAGCAGCGACGACGGCCUGAAUGGUAUCGGUGUAUCUGACAAGAAAACGAGUGCUGCAUCAAGCAGCAUGAUCCUCGAUAAAUACACAGUCCAAGAAAAGGUCGUUCCCCUUUUGAAGGGCAUCAAGACGAAGGAGCCAGGCGUCAUGAUGGCUGCUCUCAAAGUGUUCAAGCAGGUGGCCGAAGUGGCUGAUACGGACUUCCUGGCUAUGGAUGUGCUGCCAAUCCUCUGGAGCAUGAGUCUCGGACCGUUGCUUAAUCUGCAGCAGUUUCAAGCCUUUAUGGCGCUGAUCAAAAGUAUGAGCAGCAAGAUUGAAAGAGAGCAGACCAGAAAGCUGCAGGAAUUGUCGACUACCAAUGGUGGUUCGACGCCUGGAUCAAGGGUUGCUAGCCGUAUUGGAUCGUCCAGCGCAGGUGCAAAUAGCGAUGGAGAUGGAGUGGAUUUCGAAUCACUGGUCUCCGGG